AUGUCGCCGUUCUCUGUCCUCUCGGCGCUGGUCUCGACCGUUCUGGUGGCCACCUCGAUGGUGGCUGCGCAAUACCCCAACCCCGGGCCGGUCUCGGGUGCGACGUUCGUUCACGACCCGACCAUGGUCAAGGUGGGCGGGACCUACUUCCUCUACGCCACCGCGCCCGGCAUCAGCAUCAAGACGUCGACCGACCGCACCAACUUCCGCGACGCCGGCCUGGCCUUCCCCAACGGCCUGCCGUGGUGCGACUCGUACACCGAGUCCAGCCGUAACAUCUGGGCGCCCGAGGUCAAGUACAUGAACAACCAGUUCUACCUGUACUACUCGUGCUCGUCGUUUGGCAGCCGUCACUCGGCCACGUUCCUGGCCACGUCCAAGACGGGCCUGUCGGGAUCCUGGACCAACAAGGGCAAGGUCUACUCGACCGAGCAGGGCUCCAACUUCAACGCCAUCGACCCGGCGCUCCUCGUCGACGGCGGCAAGGCCUGGCUGACGUUGGGCUCGUUCGGUUCGGGCAUCUACCAGAUUCCCGUCAACCCCAGCACCGGUCUGGCCGCCUCGACGUCGCUCACCCACAUCGCGCAGCGCACCGCCGAGGGUACCGCCAUCGAGGGCGCCUUUAUCCUCAAGCAGGGCGGCUACUACUACCUCUUCGCCGCCUUUGGCAAGUGCUGCCAGGGCGCCAGCAGCACCUACCGCGUCGUCGUGGGGCGCUCCAGCUCGCCCACCGGUCCCUUUGCCGACAAGAGCGGCGUCUCGAUGCUCCAGGGCGGCGGCACCGUCAUCCUCGACUCCCACGGAAGCAUCCACGGUCCCGGUGGCGCCUCGGCCUUCCAGGACUCGGACGGCACCGUCCUGGUCUACCACUACUACGCAAACGACGGCUCGGCCAGGCUCGGCAUCAACAAGCUCGACUUUUCGCGCGGCUGGCCCGUCGUCGUCUAG